AUGCGGCUGGUCGGCCUGACGGGCGGGAUCGCCUCGGGGAAGAGCACCGUCUCCGGCCUCUUCAAGUCCGCCGGCGUCCCGGUGGUCGACGCCGACGUCGUGGCCCGGCCUUAUGCUGAUUACGGGCGCACGCAUUUACAGAAUGUAGUGCAGAAAGGUACUGGAGGUUGGAAGAAGAUUGUGAAAGCUUUUGGGAAUGGCAUUCUGUUGGAAAAUGGAGAAAUUGACAGAGCUCAAUUGGGUCAGGUUGUUUUCACUGACCCAGAAAAACGCAAGCUUCUAAACCGUCUUCUGGCCCCACACAUUUCAUGCGGUAUAUUCUGGGAGAUACUAAAACUCUGGGUGAAGGGAUGCCUGGUUAUUGUCGUCGACAUCCCGCUCCUGUUUGAGACAAAGAUGGACCGAUGGACGGACCCCGUGGUUGUCGUAUGGGUGGAUCCCAAAACACAGAUCGAGAGGCUCAUGUCAAGAGACAGUUGCGGCCAGGAACAGGCUCAGGGCAGGAUCGACGCCCAGCUUGCGUUGGACUGGAAGAAGUCGGAAGCCGACAUAGUGAUCGACAACUCCGGCUCGCUGGACGACACGAAAGAGCAGUUCCAGGAAGUGCUGAAGCAGGUGUCUGGUCCCUUGACAUGGAAGGAGCGCAUGAUGUCCAGGGAUGGCCUUCUCUCUAUCGUCGUGUGCACGGCGGCGGGGGUUCUACUUGCUCAGAAGAAUCUGCUGUGA